UCUGCAACUUCUCUCUCUAUAUAUAAAUGAUUGAUCUCAAGAAAGGAAAAGAAGAGCUAUCGCUCGUUGGGCCGAAUAUUGAAAUUAUUGAUACAUAUAAUGGCAACCGUUGAUGACCUUGCAGCGGGGGGAAUAAGAGGAGUGAUGCCGCAGCGAGCUCGUUCGCGUGAUCAUUUGGUAGAGGAAUUCGUCCCUUCCUCGGCUUGGGACGACGACAAUCACUCACACUAUCUCCUUAUAGAUCUUCCUGGGUUUAGAAAGGAGGAGGUGAGCCUUCGAGUGGACAGCGGAGGGAAGCAGAUAACGGUGGCCGGAGAGCGGCUAUUGAACCACAACAAGUACGUCUACUUCCACCAAACCUAUCAACUGCCCGAGGGGAUCUCCGACACCGAUAGGAUCACCGGCAAGUUCGACGGCGAGAUCCUCUACGUCACUGUCCCCAAGCACGUACCGGCAGCGGCUGCACCAGGAUCUCCAUUACCGGCCGGUAGCAAUCCUGAUGGUGAGAGGAUCGCGGCGGCAGGAUGUAGCUGCACGAAUACUGCUGUGGCCGAGUUCGGUAAAGGAGACGUGGAGAAAUGGUGGGAGAGAGACUGCGAGGGAAGUUCGAAUUCAGUAAUGAGGAGAGUGAUUGAGAUGAUCGGCGAACACAAAGGGAUUGUGACGGUGGCCGUGAUUGCGUUUGCAUUUGGAGUGUUGAUGGCUCCAAAGUUUGGCAUUUCACCACCGGCUGCAUAGAUAUAUAUAUACAUGGAAGUUUGACUAUACCUACCCUACCUUGCAUGGUUUCUUAGCUUACUUUACUCAGCGAUGUAUGUAUAUGAUUGUACGUGUUAUAUGUGUAAGGGAGAUGUUACUUGUGUUGUGUUAUGGUGUAACUUAUACCUAUAGAUUCAGAGUGGAAGACUCGAAGUAAACUAAACACGGUAAUUUUUUAUUAUGAAUCGUU